UACACUUGGUUUCCUCGUCUCUUUAGUUUCUCCCAUCCCUAGUUAGUUUUCACUAUUUAAACGCAACCAACCCCGUUACAUAUGGCAAACCUAAAAUCCCAUAGUCUAUUUGGAUCUGUUCACAACAUCAUGGCGAAGGGUAGACCACCUCUUUCGUUACAGACUAUUGAGCUUCAAGUCAGGAUGUGUUGCACAGGAUGUGAGAGGGUAGUGAGAAGUGCCAUCUACAAGCUUAGAGGGGUGGACUCGGUGGAGGUGGAGCUAGAACUUGAGAAGGUGACUGUGACCGGAUACAUGGAUCGAAACAAGGUGUUGAAGGUUGUGAGAAGGGCAGGAAAGAGGGCGGAGUUUUGGCCUAACCCCAACCCUCCACUAUACUUCACAUCCUCUAGCAACUACUAUAAGGACAUGAGCACUGAAUACAAAGAGAGUUACAAUUACUACAGACAUGGAUACAAUAUCGGAGAUAAGCAUGGAAUUAUUCAUGUCAGUCACAGGGGGGACGACAAAGUUAGUAACAUGUUUAAUGAUGAUAAUAUCAACGCUUGUCAUGUCAUGUAAUCCGUUAAAAUAUUCGAUUUACCGUAGAAUAACUUGGCUUUGAAUAUUUGAUUAAGGAUUGAUGGUCGAUAAAUAUGCCAAACGAACUUACUAAGUGUUGUCUUUUUUAGUAUAUAGUAAUCUGAUGCCUAUUCGGAUGAUAGGUAGUUGCAUUGCAAACGGAACCUUUUAUAUGUUAUUCUCCUAGUUUAGUUUGCU